AAAUAUCCACUGGCCAUUGUCACGAAGGUCCUCGAAGUGAUGCUCAAUAACUGGCUCACCAAUUAUGACUUUGGCUGUUCCAUGGAAACAACUGUCAAGAACAGCACCCUCAGUCCAGAGUACACCCGAAAGCAUGUGCACAUGUGUGUGAAUGUGUUCCACAGCUAUUCACACUCUCACGUCUGUCAACUGCACUUUCACCCGAACAUCAUAGAGGGCGCCGGUGUCAAAGACUUUGAAACCAUGGAGUGA